AUGCAGCAGAUCAUCGUGCCUUGUGGAUCGUACGACAUUGUGCUGGGCUUGUCCUUGCUGCAAUCGGGUUAUGUGGCUGAGGAUCUGCUGAAACGUCUUCCUAUCACUUCGACCUUUGUAAUCCUUUCAGAUGAAAAUGUCGGUCCUCUCUACGCAGAGCCGCUGCGUGCUCAGUUGGCUGAGCUGCUACAGGCUCAGGAUAAUACCGUACGACGUGUACUACUAUACACCAUGCCUGCAGGUGAAGCUUCUAAGUGUCGUGAAAUGAAGACAAGAAUCGAAGAUGAGGUUUUGUUUCCCAACCGAUGCCAUCGUGAUACGUGUAUCGUAGCUGUUGGUGGUGGUGUCGUAGGCGACUUGGCUGGCUACGUGGCUGCUACGUACAUGCGUGGCAUACCGUUUGUACAGAUUCCGACAUCACUCUUGGCUUGUGUUGACUCGAGUAUUGGAGGCAAGACUGGCAUUGAUGUCGAGGCUGGGAAGAACCUGCUAGGUGCUUUUCACAUGCCACAACGCGUUUAUAUUGACCUAAAUGUAUUACAUACGCUACCUAAACGUGAACUUAUCAAUGGAAUGGCCGAAGUCAUUAAGUCCGGCGCCAUCUUUAAUGCUGAACUCUUUGAGCUUCUUGAAAACUCAACAGAAACGAUCCUUUCACUCUCGAAUAUGGACAUUCUGCAGCGCGUUGUUGCGCUAACUGUGCAAGUAAAAGCUACAGUCGUGACGGAAGAUACCAAGGAGAUGGGUCUUCGUGCUAUUCUUAAUUUUGGCCACAGUAUUGGCCACGGGAUCGAGGCAUUGCUGCAGCCUGAGUAUCUGCACGGUGAGUGCAUAUCCAUUGGUUGCAUUAAGGAAGCCGAGAUAGCACGCGGUAUGGGUUUAUGCACUUCAGCUACUGUGGGAAGACUACGACGCUGUCUCUCUGCGUAUGGCCUUUCAAUCCAAGUUCCAAAUUCUGUAGCAGCUCGUGAUGUUUUACUGAAAAUGGAAGUGGACAAGAAGAAUAGCCAGGGCAUGAAAAAGAUUAUAUUGUUGGAAAAGAUCGGCAAGGUCUUGGCCAAUCCAUAUGCACGUCCUGUAAAAGAUUAUCAAAUUGAGCUCGUGCUUGAGAAACAAGUUCGUAUGGUACCUGGUUUUAAAGCCAGCGGUAGUAUUCGUGUUCCUGGAUCAAAGUCUAUUUCAAAUCGUGUGUUACUUAUGGCAGCUCUUGGAAAAGGAUUGUGUCGAAUCACGGGUCUAUUACACUCGGACGACACGCAAGUUAUGAUGAAUGCUCUGCAGAAGGUUGGUGCAAAGUUUUCCUGGGAGAAUAAUGGUGCUGUGCUAGUUGUAGAGGGUACAGCUGGAAAUUUUGUCACUGUACCCGAUGGUGAAGAGAUCUAUCUAAGUAAUGCCGGUACCGCUGCUCGCUUCCUUACGACCGCUAUGACGCUGGUACCAAGCAGAAACGAUGGUAGAGUUGUCGUCACGGGCAACUACCGCAUGAAGGAGCGUCCUAUUGCUCCAUUAGUGGAUGCUCUGCGUGGUAAUGGAUGCGAAAUGACAUAUUUGGAAAGUGAAGGUUGUCCACCAUUAGCAAUUCGCGGCACUGGAUUACGUGGUGGCACUGUUCGUUUAGCCGCUAAGGUAAGCAGUCAGUACGUGUCGUCUGUGCUUAUAAGCGCACCGUAUGCUACAGAACCACUUGUACUUGAGCUUGAAGAAAAAGAACCCACUUCACUACCUUACAUUCGGAUGACUACACAGCUCAUGCAGCAAUUUGGCAUUUCUGUGGAGACACUUGCCACCAAUCGAUAUCGUGUACCGUGUGGUGCAUAUGAGAAUCCCAAGGAAGUUUCAGUAGAAGUCGACGCGUCGUCAGCUUCCUACCCAUUGGCGUUCGCUGCUAUUACAGGUGGACAGGUAACAGUGGAGGCUCUGGGUGAUACCAGCUUACAGGGAGAUGCUGGCUUUCACAAGUUGCUACGUUCUAUGGGAUGCACUACAGCUCAAAGUGCUUAUUCAACUACAGUCACAGGUCCGCAGAACGGCUUACCCCUAAAAGCGGUAGAGAUCAACAUGGAGACUAUGACUGACGCUUUCAUGACUGCUGUCGUACUUGCUGCCGUGGCGGACGGUACGACCAAGAUCACUGGCAUUGCAAACCAACGAGUCAAGGAGUGCAAUCGCAUUGAGGUUAUGGUGACGGAGCUACGCAAGAUUGGCGUAGAGUGUGGUGAGCUGCCCGACGGCAUUUGGAUAAAAGGAACUGCAGGAAAGACUGAUCACCUGAAAAAAGCAUCGAUAGCGUGCCACAACGAUCACCGUAUCGCAAUGAGCUUUGCUGUCCUUGGUAGCGUCGUGGAUAAUGUAGUUAUCACGGACAAGGAAUGCACGGAUAAAACAUAUCCAGAGUUUUGGGACCACGUGCAGAUGCAUCUUGGACUUCAAGUGAUGCCUGUCGUUGAGGGAAAACAUUGCAUGACAGAUCCUGAUACGUCAAUUCCAAGUGUGUUUUUAAUUGGAAUGCGUGGCGCGGGCAAGAGCUCACUCGCAAAGGCUGCAGCCGCCACACUACAUCUUGAUUUGCUAGAUACUGACAAAAUGCUUGAAGAAGAGUUAGGCGAAUCUAUUGCAAACUUUGUCGCCCGGCAUAAUCACACGUGGGAAGUCUUUCGCGAAAAGCAGAAAAAUCUCAUGCUGCGCUUAAUUGCGAACCCACCUUCAAGUACCAUCAUCUCUUGUGGUGGUGGCAUCGUCGAGACGCCAGAAAUUGUGGACGCAUUACAGAAUUAUCCGUACGUGGUUCAUGUGCACCGUGACAUCACAGACGUUCUGGCUUAUUUAGACUCGAAAGAAGAAUCACACCGCCCGUCAUUAGGAGAUAGCCACGCAAAUGUCUGGAAACGACGGGAGCCUCUUUACCUGCGCUGCGCAACGUUUGAAUUCGUCGUCAACACAGGCGACGUAGAUUUCUCUCGUAUUAAUCGUGAUUUCGUGCGUUUUCUUUCCGUCAUUACUCCUGGCCUAUCAACCAGCUUCGACUUCCGCUCUUCGUGCUGCUCAGACACAUUUUUUCUGUCGCUGACGUUUCCUGACAUGAAUGAUGCUCGUUCAAUCAUCAAUGACAUUUCGAAAGGUGCUGAUGCGCUAGAACUUCGUGUGGAUCUGCUGAAGUACCCGACAGAUACGAAAUAUGUUGCAGCUCAAGUAGCACUUAUCCGUGCUCUCUCAACCCUCCCAAUCAUCUUCACUGUGCGCUCAAGGGGCCAGGGCGGCGCCUUCCCUGAUGGAAAAGAGAAUGAGAAGAAGAUGUUUGAACUGCUUCAACUGGGUGUUCGCUUGGGUUGUGAGUUCGUUGAUAUGGAGACGUGCUGGUCACACAAGGCCCGCGAGCAGUUUCUAUUGCACCGUCAUCGAUCUGCUAUAAUCUCAUCUUUCCAUGCUGUUCAGAAACCAAUGUCAGAGGCGGAAAUUAAGGCGAUUUUUCGCACGUGUUACUCCCAGGGUCGGGUCCAGAUCGUGAAAGUUGUCGCCAAAGCUUAUUCUGCAGAUGACGCGCUUAUGGUUGACCGCAUUGCUAGAGAUUUCGCACUUGCAUGGCGUCAGCAUAUGCCAAUCAUUUCUUUGUGCACAACAAAUGCCGGUAAAUUGACUCGUGUUUUAAAUUGCACACUUACGCCUGUGACGCAUCCACUAUUGCCCGCGGCCGCUGCGCCUGGACAACUGUCGAUUGAGGAGAUUAUGACCUUGCGCAAACAGCUUGGAAUGCUUCCAGCACGUGAAUUUUUCUUGUUUGGAUCGCCAAUUCAGAAGUCGCCGUCGCCUGCAAUGCACAAUGCCGGAUUUGAGUCAAACUCACUGGCGUCUCUUUUUACUUAUGGUCUUCACGAGACUACAGAUGUUCUAGAAAUUGUCAAGCGCAUGCAAGUGCCUCACACGAGCUUUGGAGGCGGUUCUGUCACUAUUCCUUUAAAAGUAGAUAUCAUGGAACAUUUAAACAAACUUACACCAGCUGCACAGGCUAUCGGUGCCGUCAACACGAUCAUUCGUCAAGAAUACAACGGAUCGCCUUACUGGAUAGGAGACAACACCGAUUGGGUUGGUAUCUUACGUCCAAUUUCUAAACGAUUAGACUUUCUCAAGAAACCUGCAAGUGAGUUGACGGCGCUUGUUGUUGGUGCCGGUGGCACUUCAAUGGCAGCAUCGUACGCGAUGCGCCACUUGGGUGUCGCCAAACUCUUUAUCUAUAACCGUACGCUGGAGAAGGCUCAGCUUGUGGCUGCGCGUUUUGAUGCUGAGGCCUUGUCGGAGCUGACCAAAGAGACACUUGCUCAUGCUGAUGUGGUUAUCGGCACAAUUCCGGCACAAGCUGGCUUUCAGUUACCAGAGUAUCUCAUGGCUCCACGUGGUGACGGUAGCAAGAUAGUGGUGCUAGACGCAGCAUACUUGCCUCCUAUUACGCCGAUGUUGGCUCAUGCGCAUGAGUCGGGCAGUGCAUUAUGCAUUCAGGGCUACGAAAUGUUGUACGAGCAGGGCAUUGAGCAAUUUCGUCGCUGGCAUAAAGCGACCCAAGUAUGGCCAAUUAAUGAAGAGGCAAUGAAAGAAGCCUGCCGUCAGCAUAUUCCAGUGACCGAGCGACUUUCAGAUGCCUAA